AUGAUAAGGGAGCUGGGACUCGACUUCUACAGGUUCUCUCUCUCCUGGACAAGAAUAUUACCAACGAGCUUCCCAGACCAAAUCAAUGAAAAAGGAGUACAAUAUUACAAUAAUUUGAUAAAUGAGCUGCUCAAAUACAACAUACAGCCCAUGGUGACUCUGUAUCACUUUGAUUUACCUCAGAAGUUACAAGAUCUGGGAGGAUGGAACAAUCCCCACAUAGUUGAUUGGUUUACCGAUUAUGCAAAAGUAGUGUUUGAAUUAUUUGGAGACAGGGUUAAGUAUUGGAUAUCUUUUAAUGAACCUCGAGAAAUAUGUUCUCACUCUACCCAAGACCCACCACAAGGUUCAUCUUAUAGUGUAUCUGGGUAUGCUGAUUACAUGUGUGCUAAAAAUUUACUAGUAGCGCAUGCCAACGUCUACCAUUUGUAUAAUAAUGAAUUCCGUAAAGUCCAAGGUGGUCAACUCGGUAUAACAAUAAGUUCCGCGUGGCAUGAACCUGAAUCAGAAAAGGAUACACAAGCUGCUGAAGAUAUCAGACAAUUUGAGAUGGGAAUUUUUGCAAAUCCAAUAUUUUCGGAAUCUGGAGAUUUUCCGUCAGUCGUGAAAGAAAGGAUAGCAAUGAAGAGUAAGAAACAAGGAUUUCCAAGAUCUCGAUUACCACAACUGUCCCCGAAGGAAGUUGAUUUAAUAAAAGGAAGUUUUGACUUCUUUGGAUUGAAUCAUUAUACAACUUAUAUCGUUUAUAGAAAUGAAUCAGUCCAUGGACAUUACAGUUCUCCAUCUUUCAAUGAUGAUGUUGAAGUUAUGACUUAUCAAGAGGGUUCCUGGGAUUCAGGUGCUUCAUUGUGGAUGAAGCGUGUACCCUGGGGAUUUCAUAAAUUAUUAACAAAAAUACGGGAGGACUACAACAAUCCACCAGUUUUCAUCACUGAGAAUGGAUUCUCAACCCGAGGUGGUCUAAUUGACGACGACCGAGUUAAGUAUUACAGAACAUACAUUGAUGCCAUGCUCGAUGCUAUUGAAGAUGGAUCAGAUAUAAAAGGUUAUGCAGCGUGGAGUUUGAUGGACAAUUUCGAAUGGGUGAUGGGAUACAGUGAAUGUUUUGGUCUGUACGAGGUGGACCACGAGAGUCCUGAACGCACCCGCACUCCUCGCAAGUCAGCUUACGUGUACAAGGAGAUGCUGCGGACACGGACACUGGACUAUCAUUAUGAACCUGAUAUGAGCUUGGGAAUGAAAAUCGAUGAUAAUUAA